AUGCUCGGCAAAUCGUUGUUCAUAUUGAACCCGACUUUGCGGGAUGCGCUGCUGGCCGUCCGUAGUGAAUGUGUGGAUAUUUCCGGUUGGGGCCUUCUGGACCUUACCACACCCACGACGAAACCUGGAGUGAAGACAGUCACGCUGAGUGAACACAGUAGAGGCCGACAUGCUAAGAAGCUGCCCAAGUGGCCGAUAGCAGAAGCCACAGCGCUCCCCAUAAAGGGCGCCGGAGGGACUUCCUGUCGAGUGGAGGAGUUCAACGAGGCACAGGUUGUCCAUAGGCGAACUUUGUCCAGGAACUUGGACGGAGCUCGAGAGAGGCUGAAGAUGACGGUCCUCAAAGCGUGCGCUACGUCUCUGUCGGAUUUCCUCAAGGCUAAUGGAUUCAAUCACUCUAAGGAGCUGCGGGAUGUGUUCAGGCUGUUACAAGAAGGUGUAGAUGGAGGAGAGGAUGAGGAUGAUGCGCUUGAACCUGAUUAUUAUCUUAGCUAUACUCAGCAGGCUACUACUCGAACUAAGUGCCGAAAGUUGGUCAAGUUCAUACGUACGUGUGAGUACAUCCUUGCGGACUCUGUGGAGGCCCUGUGCUUCCGAUCUACGGAGGGGUUGUUGGCCCUUCUGGAGCAAUACAUGAAGCAAGCGGAGAGGGAUGAGCAACGGAGGCUAUCUGGAGAGGCGCCACCCGACGGGUCUCGAGCGGUGAAGAGCAUUCUAUCACAACCGUACAGGCCGGGCAUGUUCGAGGCCUUGGGGAGCGCGCCGGCUGAUGAAAGACCGAUCUUUAUCAUAGAUUGCACUUUCGUGACGGGGGAGGGGCAGGAGGUUGAUAGUCAUUUGGAGUUCUCCCCGACAGGCCAGGACUUCAGAGACUUCGUUGAAGAGGCGCUGAUGGAAGCCCUUCAUGCGGUCUCCUUCAACCGCUCUUUUUUGGCCCUACCAGAAUUCCGCCUCUUCGUGUCACCUCUGUCUGAGGUGGCCUCAACUGAAGCGCCACCUAUUACGAUCAAUGGCACGACGAGGUGUAUAGUCGAGAACCAGGAGAUUCGGGAGGUAAGGCGGCCUCGGGGGAUGUGGGUUAUNNNNAACAAAAGGAAACGAAUAAAUCAUCUCAUCACAAUUGUGCGGAUCUACAGUGUGAACCAAACCGUUAUGUGA